UCUCAGCGGCGAAGGAAGGAACGGAAAAACUAUACAAUGCGUUUGCCACGGGCAAUGGCUCGUCCCCAGAUCUCCUUCUAAUUCUCUGUCCGAGCCGCUCCGAGACAAAUAUGGCGUGAGAAGAACCAAGGAGGAUAAGCGCGAAACUGUCGGGAGUUACUCGUAGCGGCGGACUCAGCUGCCGCUGCCUGGAAGUUUUCUGUUGUUUUCCCGUCGUGGGGCCCCGACGGUGGCGGCGGCUCUCUCCCCGGAGCGGUGUCCCGGUCUGCCCAGCCCCAUGCAAAACCUAACGGCCCCUGGCGCCCCCGGCAACUCCAAUGUCACCUGCUCCUGCAACUGCACCGCUUCCCAACCACAGGGAAUGGAGAUAUCUGAACUGGAGUUUGUUCAGAUCGUCAUCAUCAUCGUGGUGAUGACAGUGAUGGUGGUGGUGAUCAUCUGCCUGCUCAACCACUACAAGCUCUCCACCUGGUCCUUCAUAACAAGGCAGAGCCAGGCCCGCAGGCACGACCAUGCCCUGCAGCAGGAUGGGUGUCUGUGGCCUUCAGACAGCGGCUCUCGACAAGGUGCCUCAGAGGUGUUAUACGCUCCCCAGGCCAGGGAUCGCUUCACCGCUCCCUCCUUUAUGCAGCGCGACCGCUUCAGCCGCUUCCAACCCACCUACCCUUACCUGCAGCACCAGAUCGACCUGCCGCCCACAAUCUCGCUGUCGGAUGGCGAGGAGCCCCCGCCAUACCAGGGGCCUUGCACCCUGCAGCUCCGUGACCCAGAACAACAGAUGGAACUCAACCGAGAGUCGGUGAGGGCGCCGCCAAACCGGACCAUCUACGACAGUGACUUGAUCGACAUGGGAGGAGGCGGUAGCCUUGGAGGGGUGGGGGGUGGAGGGGGAGGAAUGGGAGGAGGCGGUCCAAGGCCGCCCAGCAGUAACUCGGGCAUCAGUGCGGCCAACUCCAGCAGCCAUGGGCGCAUGGAGGGCCCUCCGCCAGCGUACAGCGAGGUGAUGGGUCACUACCCCGGCUCAGCAUUCUUUCUACACCAGCACAGCAAUAACCAGAGGGUGGGGGGGCCGGGGAGCAGGACGAUCCAGCAGCAGAGCCAAUCAGAAAGCACAAUAGUACCUGCCAAGGCCAAGGAUGGCCAACCGGAGGACCUGGUGUGAAGAGAGGAGUAGGGGGCAAGUGGGGGAAACCCACCCCGAACUAUAAACUGUCUCUUCUCUUCACCUCUGUAAGCAGUGGUCUCUCUAUCGCUCUCUCUCUUUGUCUCUCUCAUGUCCUCUUUCCACACUCCCAUGCACAAAUGAAUAUCAACCUUAGCUACAACAAAACAAUGAAAGAGAACCAAGCGUUGAUUUCAUUUCAGUUUCUUGCUGUUAGUAAUUCAAAGCGCUAGCACCACUGGGGCAGGAUGUAUGCACUGCUCCUCUACAUGAGAAAGAAAACAUUCUGCUAGCACAGAUUGAAACGAUUUGCUUUUUUGUCCCCUUGGGUGACAGCUUUGUCCCUGAGAACUUAAAAAGAUAUUUUUAUUUUUUGUUCCUUUUUUUCGGACCGGGAUCUGUGCACAAAGCGAGAACUGAGAAUCAAGGACUUACAGAGAACACAACAAAACAAGAGACUCACAAAAACCCAAAUCUUAGUGCCAAGGUUCACGAGGAAGCAAAGCAAGGGGGGAAAUGACUCAUUCUAACAUUCAAAACACAUAAAAGAAAGUUAUCUAAAAGUUGCACUAUCUUUUUGUUGUAAAAGAGAAGAGGGAAUUAUGCUAUGUAAUGAUGAUGAUGUGUUUUGUUUUUCUUUUCUUUUCUUUUUUUUUUUUUUUUUUUUUUUUUUUUUUUUGUCCUUUACAUGAAUGGACUGACUGACUGAACUUUGGCUCCAAAGUUGUUUAAACAGUAGGGAGCAAAAAAGACAAGUAUUAUAAGCUUAUGUCCUUCCUGUUUUUGAAAUACUGCAAGAAAUACUCGUACCCAGCCUACAACACCUCUGUCUGCUUACACCACGGGCACAGUGAGACUCAGUAGGAGAAUCAUCUAGUGCUGCUCACGUCCGUGCACACUUUAGCCUAGUGGGAAAGAAAUCUGACUAGUGACCAGCUGCUAGGUGGACCAAACAUUUCUCACCUCCUCUUAUAUCAUGUUACAAUUCUAAACUCCUGGAGAGAUGAGAGUUGCUUGGCAAGAUCUAGCAUGCUCCGAAGUGUCCGAACAGCAUGUGAUACAAAAAUAUUCCGUUUGUUUCCAUUAGAGUGUCAGAACAGCAUGCAAGAGAUGCAGCUCAGUGUGGCAUGCAUCACCUGUGAUCCCAUCUAUUGUUCUCUCUGUUUUUGUAUUGACAGAGAUGAGAACAGAGGAAGGAAGGAGGGAAAUAAUCUGCAUUUUCUUCCAUUUUUCUAAGUUUGGUUACCAGAGUGGAAACAGCUGUGCAUCAGUAUCAUCCAUAUCCGUGUUUGAAAUGUCAUUCUCAGAGGAGGCGGAAGUCACACUCCUCUUUCUUCAGCUACAGUUCAGUGGGAAAAUUUAAAUCUGAAGGGCAGAGAAUAAAGUGUUAAAUGGAUGAGGUUUAUGAUGCAUGAUGCAAAGCGCUAUCUGACGCUCACAUGCUGUCUGGACACGGUAAAACAUUCUUGAAUCAAGGAGAUCAUAACUUCAAAACAAAAAAACAACAUAUCCGUCAGUCUACCCAGCAGCCUGGUCACAGCUGAUUCUUCACUUCUCAACUCUGUCCCAACCUCUGAGCACCUGACACUUCCUCUCUCCUGUUUCCUGCAUCCAUGACCCCCUGUCCCUCCUCUCAUCUUGACAUGCACAGUGCGUUCUGCCAACAGCCACACUGAACACAAACCCCCGCCGCCAUGACAACGAAAAACACAAAACAAAAACAAAAAGACGGCUCGGAUCUCUGUCUUCACGUCUCUAAAGCCACAAAAGAAAAAAAAUACCCAAGACUACACAAAGUGAAGAUUCCUGUCUGCAUCGGCCAGCACAGCGAUCAGGUUUGAACUGUCUGUGGUCGAAGUCAAAGGGCUAUGGGAGGGUCCUUUUUGUAAAAGAAAACCUUUUUUUGAAAAAAAAUCGAGCCUUUUUCUCUGCUCAUCGUUGCCUUCUCCUCUGCUCUUGCGCUUUCUCUGUCUCUCUUGUCUUGUUUGCGUUCAAAGCCAGAGCUCUGGACACCUCCAACCCCACCCACACCCACCUGAUCCACCCCACCCUCCCUGCUUUUCAAACAGUGUCUCUGGCGAACACUGAUCAUCACCCCUCCCUUCAUUUAUGUGCAGAAAAAGUGCGUUCAAAUGAUGCAGAGUCCGCCAAGCCCUUUAAAGUGGAGACUGGAGUGGAGCCCUCAUUUGGCAGUGUGCUAGUGCAGUCCUCUCUUCCCCUGUGUGUGUGUUUGUUACUAUAUAUAUGUGUGUGUGUUUGUUAGACCUUUUAACAACACAACAAAGCACUUAAUGCCCCAGCAGGAGCAUUGCGUCCGUGUGCGUGUCUGUGUUUAUCUGAAUGAUUUACCAGCUGACUGCUUUGUCUUUAAACAUUUAAGAACAUCUUUCUUAUUCGGUACUGUCCAUAUUAACGCAGCAUUUAUUAAGCUCUCAUUCAAGCCGGAGGGGUAUGUUUGGUAUUACCAUGUUUUAAAAGUGACCUCAAUAUAAAAUCUCUAUGUUUAUGCCACAGUCUAGGGGCGUUUUUACACCUUUAGUUUGUUUGCUCUGGUCUGAAUCAUGGACCUAUUACCUCAAGAUUGGUCUUUAUGUUCACUAGGGAUGUAUAGAUGCAUCAGUUUAACAUCAGUAGCAGCAGAUGUCGGCCCUGUUUACAAACACCCACCAUCGGUUAAUGGUGUGGCGUGAACAGAUAUCAGUUUUCACUGUUUAUCUGUUGUCUCCUGUUAUCUGGUUUCUCUGGCUGCCUGAUCCUAGAGAAAAUAAAAGUUACCUGUUGGAUAAACUCUGUUUUCAUGGUCAAAUGUACGAGAAAAUGUUGACAUACCAGGAGUGUUGCACCAAAAUCUGCUCUAUCAGCUAAGCAAGCUAUAUGUGUUAUACACAAGGAAACCUGCUCUCUGAUAGAUGAGAUUUCUUGUGGGAUGUCCCAGAAAUAAGCAAAGCACUGGUGUCGGGUCACAACCUUGUAUCUCCAUUUUUUACUAUUUUUUCAAAGCCAGUGCUAUUGGUCAACCUUUAGAGGGAUUACAACUUUUAAACCAAUUGAAAGUGUCAAAAAAGAUUAUAUGACCAUUAAGUGUUAAAUUAUUUUAAAGAUAUAGCUUUUUUUUCCAUCCCCUGAAAAGUGAUUAUUUUGGAGAUACGAGGUUAUGGCACGAAGGCAAGAAAGACUACUUGAAUCCUGCCUGGUCAUGGUUGUAUCUUCAACUAGUUUGAAUAGAGAGGGCCAACAGCGGCCAUCUUUAAGCUAAAGAUAUUGGCUAGGGAAAUUCAUGCUCACUGGUAGUGAUGUUCUUAGGCGUGUAACUUCCCAUCCAGUUAAAUCCAAAUGUAGUGGACAAAUCAAAGUCAAAUGAAUACAAACAUCACAACAUGACCAUAGCCGGAUGUGACUAAGGUUAGCUGGCACUGCAGUUCUUGGAUCCUUUUUGCUGAUUACUGUCCACAUUCCUGCAGUGGAUGUCACUAAAUGCUUGCAUGACCUGACACAGCUUCUGGAUAACUUUAUCCCCAUUUUCUGGAUCAAAAUAGCGCUAAACCUCUCUCUUCCUAUGCGAGGUUUCUGUGCUCUAGCAGUUAGCAGUUGUUUAUUUGGAUUCAAAAUCAUCGUGGCUGCUUGUGGCUGACGGCUGGAGCAUUUAACCUGGAUUGUUGGCCUGAACUGGAAGAAAAAUGUUAAUAAUAAGUUUAACCCACUCAUAAUUCUGCUGCCGACUAAAAGAUCUUGUUUUAACUGUUUGGCCGACCAUUGCACAUCUCUAGUAGCUGAUCAAAUCCAAAAUUGAUGGCUUCACACCAGAGCAAACAAACCACUCUAGCGCGUCCAUUUUAACCAAACAGGUCAGGUGUGAAAAUGUCCUAACAUACAGGUUCUAGCACAGCUGCACAAAGAGAACUCCACCUGUCUAGAGACUGUAAUGGAGCUGUAGGGUUACACCUGAGGAUUUUAAUAGUCCUGUCAUAUGUGGCUUUUAAACAAAAACUUGGCUGUUGAUUUAUUUUCUGGCUGUUCAACUCCACAUCAGACCUCUUUAUCGGCCUCAACAAGCCUUGUGUUCAACCUUGAAGAGCAUUUUUAUCAGAGUUUUCUUCAAGUGCCAGCUGUUUGCUGGACAUUAAACAUUUUCAGAUCACUAUUUUUUUAGGCGUUUCAAGUCACAUUAGCAUAGCUUUUAACCUUAUCAAAGGUUUGAGUUAAGUGAGCACUACCUUGGCUUGCAGCCUCUGAAACCCAAGUGAGUAAAAACACAGGUUUUAACAUGGAACUGCCUUAUUUAGUGACUUUUAUUAGCAGGUUCUUGGAGUUUUUUUGAGAAGUGCAGAUCUCAGUGGAUAACUUGGCACUUGGUUAAAAGCUAAUGAAUGCAGACCUUUAAAGAGUCACCUUAAAAACCCCUUUAUUUUUCUGCUUCCACAAAGCUAGGUGAACAGGGAAAGAACUUAAAAGCCAAGGCUGGCAACACACCAACCAAUUUUCAUAUCAUAUCCAGUGUUUUGAACAUCGAAGACAACAGACAGAAGGACAAUUUCAACCACCUUUAAAUGUUAUGAUUCUCCGAUUCGGCCUGACUGUAAGACCACACACCAUGCUGUUUGGAGUACCAGUUCACGAUGGCAGCACUUAGGUCUCAUAGAUAUGUGAUAAAACAUGACUUUAGAUGGAAAGCAAAUAUGGAGGAUGGUUGAUGUUGUUAGCUUGCUUUCCUUGCAUGGAUUUUGUUUGUCAGGGUAGCAACCCUUCCUGGUCUGCUCACUCUCAUUGGUUGUUGAGGGUAAUAUUUGGAAUAUUGAGUAACAAACGGUUACAUAUCAAAUCAGGGAUGCUCUGACCCAUCUGGGAAAAGUAAAGUGAUCACAUGGAGACAAUACACUUGAGGAUUAUCUGAACAAAAUAAUUUGUUGUAACAAGCCUGGAAUUGGGCCAAGCUUUCCUGAUUAUUGGAGAUCCUAAAAUCAGACUUUAAAUUGUCUAGUGUGUUGCCAGCAUUAGGUGAAGGUAUAAGAAUAAUAAAAUCUAAAUUUGAUUCAAGGUCAACCCUCAAGAAGAGGAUUAGGGCCACUGGAAGAAAUCUAGAGUUCCAAAUUUUUCCCAGUUCAAAAAAAACAAAAAGUCAAAGUUAAGACUUUUUUCAUUAGAACUCUGACUUUUUUACAAGAAUGCGGACAAAAAAAGUAGUCUCAAGUAACAUUUUCAUUCAGAAUUUGGACAGUAAAGUGAGGAUUAUGACUGAAAUUUUUCGAGACUCAACUUCUUUAUCAAAUACUUGGGAAAAAGGACAGAAUUCUGUAGUCUGAGAUGCCAACCAAACUGACUGACAUGCACCACUUUAGUUUAUGAGCUGUGGAGCUUAUUGGUGGAUAAAACUGGAGACCAGUUGAAAGAAGUGGAAUAACAUCUUCUCUGCCAGAUGCUUUAAUCGCUGUUCUUUGCUGGUGCUUUAAUAAAGUAAUGUGGCCCAGUUCUGAUGAAACUAGGGCUAAAGCUACAUCCAAGCUGAAUGCUACAUUGGCAGCAGCCAUUGUAUUUACAACUAAACCCCUUCUGGACUACCUUGUUCUGCUGAAAUGAUGCUGAUUGGUCAGGCUGGUCACAAUCAUUUCAGAUUUGAGCUUUGCGAGACGGAUCUGCCUGAUGACAGACAUGGAAUCUGGCCAAUCCAUCUGCUUUUCAUGGUUACAAAUUUUGAAAAACCUCCAAAUUUUAAAAAAGUUGGAACUCUUUAUUUAUUUUAUACUGGCCCUAAUCCUCUUCCGUAGCGACUCAACCAACAAUUUAGCCAGUCCAGCCCUAUAUAGUAAAAAAGCUAUCUGAGCCCCUGUAUCAACAGCAACAUUAGAGUAAAGUACAUUUAUUUCUUUAAAAAAAUGACAUGAAGUAAAAGUACUCUCUCUAAGUUGUAUAUUUUAUGAAAUUGGGACACAAAUAGCCUCUUAAUGCUCAAACAAGUGUAAGAUCUGAAGUGACGUCCUCCUCGGCCUGCUCUAAUUACAGUGUGAUGUUUUCUGAUGCAGCAUUGAUGAUGAUUACAGAAAGCUGCGGUAUGUUUCUGGGCCAGAAGGGAGAUCUGCUCAGCUAAAUCAAAACGUCAAACAAAGAACCUGAACGUGUUCCUGUCAGUGUGUAGACAUGUGCAGCUCACGUCUGACUUAUCUGACGUCCGGUUGGUGGAGGAAAAGUGAAAAAGAAAGCCUUCUGAUCCCAUUAGCAUCAGUGUGUUUGAAUGUAUGCCUGUGCCCCGGUCUGUGGCGUUUUUCCAUGGCUCUACAGUCGUGUGUAUGAUUGUGUGUGUUACUACAUCGCUGCUGCUAUUGCUGUUGCUGCUGCUGCUACUGCUACUAUUGUUGCUACUGCUGCUUCUCAUGCCCCCCCUCGCCCCACACCACUCCCCUGUCCUUCUGUUCCCUUUACUCAUCCAAAACGCGAAGGAGAGAAAUCUGACCCUCUGCAGUCAAAAGCUCAAGUUUAGAGACUCUGCAUCGUCCUGUUUGCAGCAGGACGCUUAUUUAGUUUCACAGAAGCCUGAGUGAGUCAGUGAGAAGAAAGUCCCGACUCUUCUGCCUUUGACUGCACGGACCUGCUUCAUACCCACAUUUCUUUUCCUUUGUUUCUCCUUCUUUACUUUUUUUCUCGCCUUGUUCUCUCUGCGCAGUCAUAGCUUGUAAAUUGAGAACAUAAAGAUGAAUUUUAUGUUUUCUACAAGGAGGUUUGCAUGUUACUAUUAUGUGAGUAAAUAAGGUGCCUAAUGUUCAUGUUUGAGCAGACCACACCUCAGUCAAACUGCUGCUUGGAAUCCUUACAGGUGCUUUACUCUGACCUGACUGCCUGUCUGGCACAAAUAGGAGAGAUAUUUAAAAAAAUAUGUUAGCUACAUUUGCCAAAAAUGAUCUUCUCUCUGUCUUUUUGUAAAGUUGUGGAAAGAUGUCACAGUUGUGGCCUUCUGGAGUCUGAUCCUGAGCUCUCGUAUGGUAACUACAGAGGCCCAUUUCAGCCAGUCAAAAGAAAGAGAAUAUUUAAAGCUGAGCAUUGGUUAAUAAAAGAUUUAAGUCUUCAGCCAUUGAAAUGAAAUGAAGGCUCAUAAACUCAGAGAUAAAAGUCAAAUUAGGUAAGAAAAGGUUUAAGUUAUGAUAUAAAGAAGCAAAAGUAUCGUUAAAGGUAAAGCCAAAAAGUGAUUAAAGUCAAAUUUAUGUGACAGAAAGUUGUAAUUCUAAAACUUGGAGAAGUCAGACUUAUGGGAAAAAGACAUGGCAUUUUUUUUUAUUAAAUUAAGAGCUAAUGAUUAAUAGAUACGAGAUAAGUCAUUUUGGGAUGUGAAAAAAAAUCAAAAUUAUGAGGUAAUAAGUCCUCAACAUAAUUUCUAACUGAACUUUUUUUCUCUUAACUCAUAAUUAUGUCCUUUUUUCCUCACAAUUAUGACUUAGUAUCUCUCUAGUUUGACUUUUUAUCCCAAAUUUGUACUUUCAAUAUCAUAAUCAUGACUUUGAUCUUAUAAUUCUGUUUUGUAUCCCAAAUUUUGACUCUCUAGCUCAUAUUUAUGAUUUGUUUUUGUUUUUUUGUUAGACCUUAGAUUUGUGCAAAUGCUUGGCUUUUUUGCCUUUCUUUCCUCUUUUGUCUGGCAGAAAUGGGCUUCCAUAGGUAGCGGACUGACUCCGACCUGGCAGUGAAGUGGACAAAAGCAACACUUGUAUUCACUCUCAUGACCGCAAACAUUUAGUGACCACAGCAGCAGCUGUGUAGCAAAACUCCUGCUGCCUCUACAAACCGCAGUUCAACCCCCUUCGACCACUUUUAGCUCCGGUUCAACCCGUGCCUCUGCGGUGUUUUUGAGCAUUCUCACAGGCCAGUCAUGCCAGACAGCAGUGGUCAUUCCUGUCAAAGCAUUGGAGGCCAUUUCAACCGGUAAUUUGACCAGCGUGUGGAGCAGACAUAGGAACCCACUUGCACUCAAAAAGCUCCCACCUUCGUUGUGCCUCACUUCCAACGGUGCUUUUUUCAGUAGUCUGUCUUUCUUUAUGUUUGUUUGUAAGGUGCUGUAUAUAACUUGAAUAUAUUAUGCACAUAUCCUACCCAAUGGGUAGAAACCACAAAAAAUGUUGUGAAUAAUGUAAUAUAAUGUAUAGACAAUAUAAGAAUUUUAAGAAGGCAGCAUCAAAUUUGUAAAUGCCUACAGUUAAAACGUGCUUUGUCUUUUUUUUUUAUCAGAAACAUGGUUUGCAAAGUAUGCUUAGAAUAUGGUUGCAACACAAAUACAAAUUACUACUUAUAAUAUUUUGCUAUAUAUAAUAGUCUGUUAUGAUAAAGGAUGAGAUAACCUGUGGAUCAAGGAAGUUGAGUUCUUGACUUGUUUAUUGGAUCAUCUAAAAACAAGCUCUCACAGUGCUUGCCAUCAUUUGGGUACUGGCGGGUGGUUUUUAUUUUCACACCAGUCAACUGACAAAUGUAUAGAGUUCUAUAACACAGAUUUUUUAAAAACACAUCAGUUUGUGUUAAUGCCACGACGACAGCCAGGCUCGGCUGCAUCUCAGCUCGCUCUGUUAAUUGUUGAACAAAAGGUUGAAGCUGUUCAGUUUGGAAGAGGCGUCACAUUGCCAUCGCACACAAGAGCUGUGAGCUCUUCCAAACAAGGAAGAAUCUGUGUCUGUUCUUUUUUAAUCCUAACAAUGUUUUAGUUCAUUUCAGCUGUAGUUCUGUAUAUCUGCCAAAGUAUAAAUCUGUGGAGCACACUCAGCAAGGCUGGAGAUUUGUCUGGAUGUCAGGGAUUGGUUCAAGGAUUUCAGCCCCAUUUCAGGAGGAUCGCUCAGUACACUUACAUGCUAUCAAGAGACAGCUGAAGAGGUUAAUUUACUAAAACUGGACUUUUAAAAUGCAUGUCCACAUGGUGGUCAGACUUAGAUGAUGACCAAGUCGACCCUAGAUAAUGCAGUUCUGGAUCAAUCAAUGCAACCUUAAAGUGGAACUGGUAAAGUUGCAAAGUUGUGCACAGAACAGGGCGGGAGUUCAAGUGAUGACAGAUGGGAACUCUGCUGCUAGGAAACAGCAACACAGGCUCCUCCAAGCUGUCUGUGUGAAACAUUGCAUUAUUUCUUUGUGUUUAAUCCAUUAAAAUGUAAGGCCAUCUUUAAAAAACCUCCAAAAACCAGAGGGUUUCCUGCAAAACCGCAGAGAAUUUCAAGAUUUACUAAAAUAUUUAUUUCUUGGCCUCAUGAGCAAUUAGAGACAUAAAAUUAAAAGUAUUUGAAAGCUUAAACCCUUGGCUUUAACCAUAAAUAACUGUUUGCCCUAACUUUAAGAUAAAAUCACUGCUCAAAUCGAAAUCAUCAAUUUCCUCCUCCUCUUUAAAACAUAUCUCUGGUCCACAGAGCCUUGGCCAGUGGUUCCCCAUUCACAUCAGUGUGGUUUCAUCAGAUUCACUGGAAUUCUGGACGUCUAAAAUACUUGUUUAGUCUGCUUAACAGUUGUUACUGCUCAACUUUAAAAAAUACUUUGUAUCCAGCAACCUUCCCAUGUUGUGGCCAAAGUGGCUAAAAUCACAAUUAUUUUUUAUUCUAUCUGCCUUUUACACGUGUCUGAUUUCAUGUCUUAAGCUCAUACAAAGUUCUUAAAGGUGUAUACACAGGAAUGUUGCAUUCAGUCAAGAUGUGUUAAACACAUGGAGGAACUACCUAAAUGACAAAGGUGACAGUCCAGAUCAGUGGUUCUCAACUGUCCUGGAGUCAGAACCCACCACAACCCCCUUACUGACAAAUCAAGGCCCAAACUACUUACAGUUUUCAAUAACAAUCAAGUGUUUGUAAUGAAAAAUGGGUCAGUUUGGCCUUGAAAUGGGACAAAAUGUGACAAAACAAAGCAACUGAGACAUGUCCUUCAAAAUGAAAGCAUAUCAUUGACUUUUUACAAAAUAUUUUUCUUCCAGGCAAACAUCCACAACCCACUUUAGAGUUGAGAACCAAUAGUCUGGAUUGCCAUUGCUCCUUCUGGUCCUGUAGGUUGCUUAAAAACUGAUGUCAUAGGAUUGACCAUUUCUAAAAUCAUGACUGGACACGUCACGACUUUCAAACUCGAAUCAUUGGAAAAAAAAUUGACUUAGGGUGUUGUAUACAGUAGAAAUUAUCCCAUUGCUUGAGCAAGUUCACAACUGCAAAAGAAAAGAUUAGCAGAAGUCGCACUGCCAUCUGCCUUUAGAAAUCCCCUUAAGUAUGAGGGACAGCGUGCAUCCCAUCGUACCAAAAGUAGAGCAGAAAAUAAACGUGGCUCUACAUUCGCCCAUGGUUUUUGUUUGCUGCUAGCUAACUCCUACGAAGCAGGCGUGCGUCUGUCAGUAGGUCAGUUGUCUCCCCGUGCUUCUAUCGACUUUAAAUCAAGCUUAUCAUCAGUUUUAUUAGCAUGUAAACGUACUGAGUGACCUCUGAUGACAGUCAUGUCGAGCCGUGAGUGUGAAUCAUCCAAGGAAAACAAUGUUCAUUCCCUCUUUUUGUUUCAGAUUGUGAAGUUGCACCAGCUUGAAAGAAGUGGAAAAAUGCCGCUAAAACUGUCAUUUAUCCUUUCUCUUUUUGUAAUUAUUUUUUUAUUUUCUACAUUACAAUGUUAUAUGUGGCACAGUAUAUUGAAACAAAAGUCAUGUUUAAUCUGCAGUCAUUUAUUUACAGUAUGUACCGAGAAUAACUCCACUGUACAAUAACCGCAGAGCAUGUUCAUUCUUAUCUAUAGACGAUGUACAUAGCAACGCGCCAUUUUCUCUUCAAAGCACCAAAUAAGUGGCAGUUGUGUAGUUUUUUAAUUUGGAAAAGUCUCUAUUGUACCUUUGGCUGGAGCGCCGCUCGGCUCUCCUUCUUAAUAGACUUUAUUUUUAUUUUUCGUUUCCUGCACUAGCUUGAAGAACUAACUUGGGCUCAGACUGAUUUUUAUUUGAUUUCUGCCCCCGCAGCGCGCUCCCUCUUUCCACUUAUCAGAAGUCUGUACUCAACUGCUGACAACAAGUAGCUGUUUUUAUUGUUCCAGAUUUUAAUAAUAAUGAUGAUGAUAAUAACAAUGAUAACGUCUCAACAGUUUGGUAUUCUCUCUGUCUUGACAGUUACCAUAGGACUGCUUCCAUCAUGGGUUUUGUAACAUCAAUUUGCUUUAUUUACAAAAUGACUCCUUCUUGUUCCCUCUCCCCCUCUGUGCUCAAAUCUUGAUAUACAUGUGACUGUGUUUAGUGAGCACACAGUACAUAUAUAUCCAAACACAGAGGUAAAAUUGUUGUGUAUUUUUGCCUCUUUUUAUUUAAGCAAUUGUGAUGUAAUAGGUUUUAGGCCUAAGGUCUGUUAUUGCAAUACUUUUACAGAAAAGAAGAAAAAAAUCAAAAAAUGUUGCUCUAAGUGCUGUUGUAGUCAAAGAUUUUAUGCUUGUACUUAUGCUGUAGUCAAACUGCAGCGUAAUGAAUAAAACUUUAAAAGUGA